AUGAGAAGAAGCACCUUUGCUCAACGGAACGCAUCUUGCGGUCCGUCUAGCAAAAGCUGUCAGCCUGGUGGCCCAGGGAAGGUAUUAGGCCAAUACUUCUUUUUUUUUGGUACAGGCCUAGCAGGAAUCAGGAUUGGUAUGAAACAUUUUGCACCUCGUAAACGGACAACACCUUCGCAUCCUCGUCGCAAGCUCCUCGAAUGCUCCGGCUUAUGCCUGUUUACUUCGCUUCGCUCAGAUUAUGGAUUGCAAAGCUUCAAGAAAGACGGUCCAGCCGUGUCUCCAGAAUCCUUGUUGGAUUUUUGUCAGGGUCGUGCCUGUCUACGUUUUUGUGAAAAACCAUGGAUCUUCCAAUCUUCAUUGAUUUUGUUCAUCUCCAUACUCAGGCGAUGGGUAAGUAGCGGGGAGCGAUCACCGGUCAUUAUCUACAAAGAAGAAGUUCCCUAUCAUUCCUCUGCUGCGGCUGAUGAGCGACCUUGCCCUUCUCAUGCCAAAAAGUCCGUUCAGCAAUGCUUCCAUUAGAGGCCUCUCUGACCAUCGAGCCGAUUUUUCAUCGUGCUAAUUAUACCUCCAAGUUUCAUGCCCUCCCAUUUGCGGUAACAUCGGGCCAUAACCGGCACCUGGCGGGCCUCCCGGUUGUGGCCGAUGGUUCAUACCGUUAUGGUUUAGAGGAUUGGGUAGUGGUCCACUCUGCUGUUGCGGUAGAGCGCCCCAUGGACCGGACGCUGUUGGUGUCGUGCCUCUCCCAUAGCCGGGGGUAUUUGGAUCCGAAAGUGGACUUGGUGUGGGAGCUUGAGGACUAUUCCACAUUCUCGAAUUGUCGUACGCAUUGCCAAAGCUGUUUCUUGGGUAAGGAUUAUAGCUGGAAUAAUUGUUGUAUCCUUGAUCGCGUAACAUUCUAGCUUGGGCUCCUUCUCGGCUUGCUGUGCUGGCCAGACCUCCUUGUUGAAUCUGGCGCUGGAAGUCCUGAGGUGUUGAAUGCUGAACCGGGACAUAUUGCCUUGGAGGUGGUCCUGGCUGGU